AUGGCGAAAUCAGUUCGAGCAUUAUCGGAAUACACAAAGGAAUAUAACGAGAGAUUCCAGACAAUGAUGGACCAUGGUUUGAAGUCCAGGGAAGAUAAUUAUAAACAAGAAAUGGCAGAUAUUUUACGACUAGGUGUGUCGAAGAAACCCCGUGUUCUUGCAAUAGGAUCUGGCAAUGGGGAGGUUGAUCAAUUUGUGAUUAACACUUUGCUGGACACCUAUGAUGACAUACAUUAUUGUGUUGUUGAGCCUGCUAGCAGUCCAUUAAAUGACUUCAAGAGGCUGAUUCAAUCUUAUGAAAAUCGAUGGAACUCCGUGACUUUUGACUUUCACGAAGAAGGAAUCAACGAAUAUCUCGCAGAAGGUGGCGCCUCCGAGAACUUUGACCUCAUCCACGCCUUCCACAGUGUAUAUUUCUUCAGAGAUGCGGGAAGUGUGUUGUCACAGUUGUAUGGUAUGCUUCGUCACGAUGGCAUGUUGUUUAUUAAAGUUGCAGCAGGAGCGAUCGAAAAAUGGUAUUUGCAGCGUGCGAAAAUCAGUAAUAUUUUCUUUCCACACUCGUGUCAAGUCCAAGAAUUAAGCAGCCGCGAGCUUCCGAGCAUCACCAUGGAAAUUACUUGCCGACCAUAUACAAUGAACAUAACAGAGUGUUUUAACGAAAAUUCGGAAGAUGGAAACAAAAUGUUGGAUUUCAUCAAUCAGAAGUUGGACUACCGCCGGUCAACUCCACUGAAACAAGUGGAAUAUUGUUUACACUUCCUCAGAGAUGAAUGCUCCGAGGUUCGAAAUGAUGAAAUCUUGUUUCUUUUAGUUGAUGAUGAUAUUGUUGUCAGGAAAGUCUAA